UGGGUCCAAGAGUUUUGUUCCUCUUGGAUGUGACAUGAAGAACCUAUGUGAAAAGUUAAAGCUAGAACUGUCAGGUAUCAUGUUUUAAGUGAGAUAUGUGAAUCUGAAUAUGUAGACAAUCUAAAUGUCUGAAUCUGAAUAUGUAGACAAAGUUCCUGCUUUGUCAAAUACAAAACAAAUGCAGCAGGAGCGGUUUCAGAGCCUAUUUCAGAGCCAAGGUGAUAUAACCCUAUUUAUAGGACUGCCUGAGUUUCUGUGUAUCUGCUCAGUCUGUGGCUGCCUUGCAGAAUUACAAGCGGAGACCUGAGUAAUAGCAAUUUUAUCACAAGUCCGGAGGAGACUGCCCACAGGGAAAGUUACCCAAGAUGCAACCCCUUCCCACCUCCAAUUUCCCGUACAAGAUUGUGACCAUCCACUACUAACCCGAAAUGGAUAAGAAACAGCAGCUGAGAGACAGCACUGCAACUCACUCAUCAGCCCUGAGCUGGCACCCUAGGUAGCUCUCAGACCUUAUCUGUGCUUCGCACAUUUUCUUGUUAGUAGGCAGAUUUCCUACCUCAGAAGGCAGGUGGCUUGUAAUCCUGGGGUUAUAUAAAGGAAGUGCAAGGCUGUGGGUGGAGCAAGGAGGAUGCAGGUCUGGCGUUGUGAAGAACUACAGGGGUAGCUUAACUUGGUGAGGCAGAGCACCCAGGAUUAUGGCAACUUCUUCCACCUUUUCUCCUUUCCUCUUCCUGUGUGUGCUGGUUCUUUCCGACAUCAGUCUUGCAGUCUCACUGGACCCUGGCACAAAGCUCAAAAAUGUCCCAGAGAACAACAACCAUCUUCAGAACCAAGAGAUGUGGCAGCAGCAGCCCAGAAGUGGACACCACCACAAGCAUGGCUUGGCCAAGAAAGAGAGGGUCCAUGCCGUGGCUUCUAGAGGGCAGCUGGCUGGGGAAGAGGCUCUCAGAAUGGGUAGCGGAGCUCCAGGUGUGGAAGAGCUGGCGGCAGAGGGACAGCCAGCAGCCCUGAAACAGAAUAAGGAUGUGUUCCUGGGGUUUGAGUUCCCGUAUCCUGAGAGGGAGAACCAGUCCCCUGGGUCUGAGAGAGGAAAGAAGCAGAACCGAGAGCAUCGCCGACACAGCCGCAGGGACAGGCUGAAACACCACAGAGGGAAGACUCCUGAUGUUGGGCCAAGCUCCUUGUACAAGAAACCUGAAAGCUUUGAAGAACAGUUUCAAAACCUUCAGGCAGAGGAAGCUACAAGUCUGACUCCCACCAUGCUCCUCAUCACUGCACUAGAACUAGCUGUUUCCACAGAAGAGCCUCCUGUUCUUCCAGCCACAUCACCACGGUCACAGGCCCGCCUCAGGCAAGAUGGGGAUGUGAUGCCCACCCUAGAUAUGGCACUCUUUGACUGGACAGAUUAUGAGGAUCUCAAACCAGAAAUGUGGCCAUCUGCUAAAAAGAAAGAAAAACGGCGCAGUAAGAGCCCCAACAGUGGAAAUGAAACUGUGACGGCUGAAGGAGAGCCAUGUGAUCAUCACCUUGACUGCCUCCCAGGCUCUUGCUGUGACUUGCGUGAACACCUCUGCAAACCACACAAUCGAGGCCUUAACAACAAAUGUUACGAUGACUGUAUGUGCACUGAAGGGCUACGCUGUUAUGCCAAAUUCCACCGGAACCGAAGAGUGACCCGGAGGAAAGGGCGCUGCGUGGAGCCUGAAUCGGCCAACGGAGAGCAGGGAUCAUUCAUUAAUGUUUAGGAGGGUGGGACUCCUGCCUGGAUGGUCAGGAGCUGGGGUCAAACUGUUCAUACCUAGCAAUGAGAAUUAGAGGAAAAAGUCAAGCAAAUGACUGAAGCUGCAGGCUCCGAAUGUGCCAGGUUCCAACUAGACUGAAGCUCAUGUUAAUUAUAAAUAGAGUGGCCUCAGCCUUUUUCAUACCAAGACUGUAUUCCCCCCGCUCCCUUCCCUCAGCACAUUCCUGCCAUUGAGCUGGGUCCCCCUCUCCCCGUUAGUAAGAGAUGAUCAUGACUACUGUUCUGAUGGUUCUGGCAGGAAAACAUUCUGCAGUUUCAUCUCCUCCUCUCAACAGAGGCAAGAUAUGAAAGAUCCUUCAGGUCAAAGGGGAUGUGAGCUUAAACUUUACCCCUUAAUUAUUGCUUGAGAAGAAAGGUAGAUCCUCCUUAAAGAUCAGAGGUUCCUAGAGGAUAGGAAACUUGUAGCUUCCAGGUGGAACCAAAGAUGGGAAUCGGGAAACAGAUGGGAUCAGCAGGAAGCUGGCUGCCUAGGUGGGAGGGGACCCUCUGACAGAGCUCUUGUCUAUCCUUUGUUCAUGCACAGACAGAUAUUCCCUAGCUGUUACGCCCUACCACUUCCUACCUGUCUUCUCUGGGACCACCCAGUCCCACUCCUUCCUUCCUUUCUUGCUUCCAGAGAACCACCUGGUUUCUGCAAGGAUGUGGCAAGACAUCCCAGCCUGCAGCUCUCACUCAUUUAGUUACCCUUCCAAGUCUGUUAUUUUUAAUGAUUAUUUUUAGGAGCUUUCUGGGGAAGUGAUAGUUUUCCUAGUGAGCCAAAAAUAAAGUUUUUGGUUAACAGGAGUUAGGGACAGACUGUUCCACUGUAGUUAAUCCUGUGACAUGUUGCAUGUGUGUUUCCAUGAUAUGUAAAUAAAGAUAUGAUAGACAGCCUUUGUGCAACUCUUCCACUUCUUUGACUGCACCUAAGGAUGUGGCAAGAGCCAAAAAGGCCUACAGGGGAGUUGGCCAGCAGGUAGCACUGAUGACUUCAGGUAAUCACACAGAGCAAGUGUGCCACUGGGUAGGAAAAUUUCUCUACCCAAAUUGAGGAUCCAAGCUUCCCUGUAUCCUCACUCAAAUUGCAGCUAACAAUCAGUUUCUGCCCGGUAUAGCCAUCCAGAUGUUUAAAACUUCUUUAUAUUACUGACUUCAGUGAUACAUUGGAGCAACACAAGCUACCUGUGGUAAAAGUGUUAGCUGGUAAAGAUGUUCUCUUCUACUGUUAAUGCCCCAAUACUUUAGCUUCUGGUGAGAGA